AUGCACGGGGAAACUGGUUGUAAGAAGUGCUUAUUUAGGUGUCUCUUUGUUACCAGUUCCGCAGAAGUGAAAUGCUCCCUUUGUGUUGUGGGGAUUCAGGCGCUGGCUGAGAUGAACCGGUGGAGAGAAGUUCUGUCUUGGGUCCUACAGUAUUACCAUGUCCCUGAACACUUGCCUCCAAAAGUUCUGGAGCUGUGUAUCUUGUUAUACCGCAAAGUGGGAGAGCCCCAGGUGAUGCUGGAGGUUGGCAGUACCUGGCUGAGAGACCAAACCAAUAAAAGCCUCCCUGAGUACAGUUCAUUGCUGGAGCUCUAUCUGCUGCAAGUGUUGCUUCCGCUUGGCCGGUUUGAGGGGGCAGAAGAGCUUGUACGCAGCUGUGAUGUUUUUGACAGUGAGCAGCAGCUAGCAUUUCUUGGGACCAUUUGUGAAAGCCGAUGUCAGUGGACUCAACGGGAAGAGAUGCACUCAGCUGCUGAAGAGCAGCAAGAUGCAGCCACAGAAACUGUUUUGGGUGCUUUGUCCCAAAAGCUCUUGACUGUGUUGACAUUGCUACGUAGAGCACUCAGGUCCAUGUCAAGCCACUUCUAUUUACUUCCUUACAAAAAGAUGUUCUUGGCUACUUUUCUGCUUUACCUGGUGGUGGUAAGAUUAGACCCAGCUUCUCCCACAUCACUGCCAUUCAUUUACAAACUGGUCCAGCUCUUCCGGCAGACUUGGGCAGCUGUUUUUUCUCCAAUCCGUAGGCCUCCAGUUCGAGACUAA